ACUUAAGUUAGAACGUUCGGAGACAAGAAGGCUGUGAACACUGGUUUGAUAUGACCGUACAAAAGUGACAAAAUACCAACUUAGAGGAUCGAACUUUUUACAAUAUACUUUGUGGAUUUAACUUAGUUUCCUUGUUAUAUAAUCAACAUGAAAUUUUUUUUAAUUUUUGUUUGUCUUCCAACCUUUGUAUACUCAUUGAACUCAAUUAUAUGUGACUUUCAAACAAAAUCAAUUUCCUGCCAGUCAGGAGAAGUUAUACAAAUUAGAAGUGUUAAUUUUGGAAGAACAUCAACGAGAGUGUGCAGAAGUCAUCAAUCAGUAAAUUGCUAUUCAUCCGGAAGGGUAACCGGGAAAAUAGCACAGGCGUGUAAUAAUAAGGAUGUCUGUCAACUCACUGCGUCCACACAAUUUCUUGGUGAAGAUCCAUGUCAGAAUGUACCCAAAUAUUUAGAUAUCAUAUAUGAUUGUGAUCCAGUCCCAACAACUACUACCACCACCACAACUACAACCACACCUGCUACUACAGUCAAACCGACAGUAAAACCACUUACGGGUCAUCAAGUGUGUCACCAGUACCUUGUCUCCGGUCCGAAAGGAGUGACCAACACACAAAUCCAGGCGUCCACAUUCUUUACAAAUGGAUCCUCUAACAACUUUAGAGCUGAUCGAGCACGAUUACAUACACCAACAAUAGACUUUCAGAAUGGUACAGUACUAGGAGGUGGAUGGUCUGCAGCAAUUAAUGAUAAAAAUCAAUUCAUUCAGGUAGAACUAAACAAAGUGAGUACUAUUCGAGGCGUAGUGACACAAGGACGAAAUGUAGAUAUAGUCACCAAGUGUUGUCAUGAGAGAGUGACGAAAUUUGCUGUUUCAUACAGUAUUGAUGGUGCAAAAUAUGAAUUCAUUAAAGACCCACAAGGGAAUAAGCAGGAGUUUACGGGAAACUUAAAAGAUGAGGAAUCAGUAGUUACAAACAUGUUAGGAUGUCCAAUCAUUGCUCAGUACGUCAGAAUCCAUCCAAUCAACUGGCUAUCACAUAUCUCCAUGCGUUUUGACCUAAUUGGCUGUCCAACUGAUUCAGAUCCACUAGGGAAAUGUCCCACGGGUUGGGAGGGAAGACCUGGUACAGAUGAUUGCUACAUAAUCACAUCUAAAAAGACAAAAUCUUGGAUGGAAGCAAGGCAAGACUGUCUAAACAAUCAAGGAGACUUGCUUAAAAUAGACAGUCAAGCCGAAAAGAGUUGGCUGACGACGCGAUUAUCACAAAUACAACAUUCUAAAUUUGCAAGCAACCAACUAUAUCAGGUAUGGAUCGGUUUGAACAAUCGACCAAGAAAAGACUCCAGUAAAUAUGUAUGGACAGAUGGAACACCACAUGAUCUUUCUUUGUUACCAUGGAAGAAGGGAAAUCCAGACAAUUAUGCUGGUAGUGAACACUGCGGUGAAUUUGUCAACUCCGAACUGAAUGAUGUCAAUUGUUUUGCCCCUUUACCAUAUGUAUGUGAGAAAAAGAAAUACUGGACACCACCUGCGAACGCAAUAUACAGCAACAACAAUAAUAACAACAACAAUAACAAUAUAAAUGGUUCUGGUCAUGGACUUGUUGGAGCUGGCUGUCCUACCCCUGGAGGGACAGGACCUGGCGGACCCGGAACCGGAACUGGUAGCGGAAAUGGUGGUCUCAUUACACCUCCAUCAAAUCUCAUUCCAGCUACAUUGAAACAAAUUGUCCCAACUAAGAAACCAGGAGGUAUGAAUUUGCCGUGUCCAAUUGGUGGUCAAUGUUUAACAAUAGGAAAUAACUUUUUUACAAACGGAUGUGGAAAUGGAACGGAUACUUGCAUGAACAAAGGAUUAGGAGACCACCAGUCUUGCAAAGGGUGCCAUUACUACCUUACGUGUGCUCCAAGUGGUGUGUUUACCAGACCAUGUCCAGUACAACUGAAAUUUGACGAUAAUUUAAAGGCAUGUGUUGGUAUUUCGUCAACUUGUAAAGGACCUUGAGCAUAUUCGAUGUUUAUCCGUUUGACUUUAUUUCAUAUAUUAUAUGUACUCAUUGAAUAUUAAUUUAUUACCAUUGUUUUGUUCCGAUUUUUGAUUUUCUUUAUUUACGAAGAUUUCAUUAAAAAACUAAAAGAGUUA